CUCUCCCUGUUCCGUUACGAGGUUCUUGUUUGCAUCUUCGUAUCCUUCAUCUUCUCCACUGUCAUCCUCUUCGUCAUAGAAGAAGUGACACCAGUCCGUUCGUGGACGGACGACAGACCUUCGGAUAUGCGGACCCGAUAUAGAGACAUAUUUUGGUAUCAUUUCGGAGCUCUUAUGGCGAACGGAGGAGCAUACCUUCCAAAAACAAAGUCCGGACGCACAGUGCUCAGCUGUUGGUGGCUGUUCACGGUAAUAAUGGCGGCCACCUACAGUGGUAACCUCAUAGCGUUCCUCACCGACGGACGAGAAAAACCUCCCUUCUCUAGCCUGGCUGAGAUGGUGCAGCAGGACACGUACAAUUGGGGAUUCGUGGGAGGGACAGCACUGGUCAAUCUCUUUCAGGAAUCCAACAUCUCCGUCUAUCACAAGGUAUGGCAUGGUGUGGAGGAGAUAAUGGCAAACGAACCUGAUUGGUUGAGUCUGGAUGGAGACGAGCACAUGCGACGAGCGGUCGAAAGCCAGUACGUCUACAUAGCAGAAGAGUCCACUUUGGAGAUGUGGGACGACCCACGUCGGUGUGAUUUACAGAUGUUACAUGACAACUUCCUAUUCAGCAAAUAUGCAGUUGGUCUGCCAAAACACAGUAUAUACACACAAGUCUUCUCCGAACAAAUACUGAGAAUAUACGAAAGCGGCAUCCUGAGUCUGUGGUGGGAUCGAUGGAAACCCAAACAUCGGUGUCCAUCUCCAAGCAGAAAAGCAAAGAGAGUUGACAUGUUAACCUUGCAGAGCGCCUUCUAUGGUGCAGGGGUGGGGGUGGCCAUAUCACUCCUAAUCCUUGUUUGUGAAGUAAUUCAUAAACGGAGAUGUAACCAAAGACAGCAAAAAAAGUCUGAGUGUGUGGAAGAACACUCCAUGAAAUCUGAUACUUCAUCGCAGGAACUAUCUGAUCCAGACAUACCUUCCAGCACCUGACCCAAGACAGUGUUGUACAGGGGCAUUAUGACAGCUUAUCAUCUGUAACGCUAUAAUGUCGGUAUAAACUCAUAGACAUU